AUGGGUCCUGGGGAGGGGUACGGAGGGUCCGAGAGGGACCGGGGCGGAGGGUGCGGCCUGGGUCAGCACAGCCAUCCAUCUGGGGAAGGGCUGGCUGGCGGACGUGAGGACGCGGAGCUUGGAGAGACCGCAUUAGGACCGGGACCGCGCCUGCUCUUCGAGGCAGUAGCGGAAGCCGGCGCCCGCAACCCCUACAAACCCGGGCGCCUCCCUGCCUCGCCCCCUCCCUGCGGCCUCUCUGCUCCAGAGGGGCUUCGGUCACUUCCGCCGAGCUCUGCUUGCCUUCUAGCGAUUUCCACGGUGGUCAGGCAGCCAGGAGUACUGGUCCCGGAACCUAUCGGGCUGCUGGGCUUUAUGGCCCGGGAUGUGGGGGAGCGGCACGUAUAUUUCGUCCUGACCCACGUUUUUCAGGAGCUAAGGCAUCCUGCUCGGGAGGCACCUGCAGCCCCAAGCCGGAGAACUGAGCGCGCUGCGCGCAGACCCCGGCUCUCCCGCCCAGCUUCCGGUGCCUCGGAUCCUCCCCUUCUCAGUUCAGUGCAACCUGCGUGUGACUCCGCCACCAGAGCCCAUCCCGUAGGCAACACACCGUCGAUGAAGCAAAAGAAGAAGAAAACCCCGAUGAGGGUCCCUGGAACAAGUGGAGGCGACAAGUCCUCCGAGAAACCGGCCCCAGACGAAGCGCCCCCCAGUGCCGAGGCCCAGGCAAAGCAGCUGGCGCGGGAGCUGGCAUGGUGUGUGGAACAGCUAGAGCUGGGUCUCAAGACGCAGAAACCCACCCCGAAGCAGAAAGAGCAGGCUGUUGGGGCAAUCCGAACCUUGCGCAGUGAAAAAACUCCCCUGCCCCGGAAGAGACAGCUGAUGCGUUCCUUGUUCGGGGACUACAGGGCUCAGAUGGAGGCGGAGUGGCGGGAGAGCCUGCGGGCUCUAAAGGCUGCUACCCGGUCAGCCCAGGUCCAGCCUGUGAGCGAGGCGGCCAGAAAGAAGAGUGGGAGGGUCUGCAGGCCUCGUGGAGCAGGAGGCACCAAGGCCACUCAGGACGUGACCGAUGGAGAGUUUCGGUUCAAUUUCUUUUAGAGUCUCCUACAUUCUGGCCCAGUUCUCCUCCUCCUCCUCCAGGGUGGUGUGGGGGAUUUGUCUUGAGUGCCGGGCCUCUCCAGGGAUUCUCUCGGCAGAGGUGGGAUUGGUUUGUCCCCUAACUGCUAUCUGGACAGGAAGCUGCCUGCCGAUGUGAGGCUGCCAUGUGAAAACUUUUCAAGGCAGUGUUUCUCCUGUCAGAAGAGAGAUGCAGUUGGGAAAUCUGUGACAAGCCUAGUUGAGUGCUGAGUGGGUUGUGGAAGAUUCCUACUCUGGUCUCCAGGAGGAGCUGCUGGUGGUAAGGAACUGUGAAGAGGCUGCUUACACACAGGACUCACUUUUGAAAGGAUGCCCUGGCCAUUGGUUUAGCGAUUUAUAUGUUGAUAUAUUGCCCUAAUAAAUCUUUUUU